GCCGUCCCCCAUCUCCAGCCACACACACGCCAUCCUUUCGCAAGGUCUGCUAGGACUAUGGACGCCCGACUGCGGAGAGUAAACAAGGAGAUCGCCGACUGCAAGAACGACAAGACGUCAAAUAUCACCAUCGACCUCAUCGACGACUCGCCUUUCCAUCUCCGCGGGUCGUUCCCGGGCCCAGAGGACACGCCCUACCAAGGGGGCCUCUUUCAAGUCGAUAUUGUCAUCCCUGACUCGUACCCAUUCCAGCCAGUAAAGAUGAAGUUCAUCACGAAAGUCUACCAUCCUAAUGUGUCGUCCGCAUCGGGGGCAAUCUGCCUCGACAUCCUCAAAGACGCGUGGUCGCCCGUGCUUACCCUCAAAUCGACACUCAUCUCGCUGCAAAGUUUGCUCUGCUCACCCGAGCCGAGCGACCCCCAGGAUGCAGAAGUCGCAAAGCACUACACUACAAGUCGGCGGAGCUUUGAGGAAACCGCACGGUAUUGGACCAAGUCGUAUGCUAUGCCAAACGGAGGGGCACCGGAAGGAGCAGGAGCCUCGAAGGCGGGGGCUGCUCCCAGGGACGAGGUGGCGAUUGCGGGGCUUGAGAAAGCACAUGUCGACCAAUUUGAGGCUCUGGGUUUCCCUCGCGCCAAAGUGAUCGACGUUCUCCGCAGACUGAACUACCGCGGAGCCAAUGUCGCAAAGAUACAGGACGACCGUAUUGUGGAGGAGUUGUUAAAAUAG